AUGUGUGGUAUAUUUGCGUGCUAUAAGCACGAAAACGUGCAAGAAUUCAAACCAAGAGCCUUGCAGCUCUCCAAGAGAAUCAGACACCGUGGACCUGAUUGGUCUGGUAACCUUGUCAAGAACUCUACUAUCUUGGCUCACGAGAGACUUGCGAUUGUUGGUUUGGACUCCGGUGCUCAACCAAUUGUUUCUGAAGAUGGCGACUACUCUUUGGCCGUCAAUGGUGAAAUUUACAACCACAUUCAGCUAAGAGAGGAAUUCUCAGACUAUCCAUUCAAGACUUUAUCCGACUGUGAACCUAUCAUCCCACUAUACCAGAAAUACGGUGCUGACGCUCCUAAGUUCUUGGAUGGUAUGUUCGCUUGGUGUUUGUAUGAUGCCAAGAAGGACAGAAUUGUCGCCGCUAGAGAUCCUAUUGGUAUCACCACGAUGUACAUGGGUAGAUCUUCAAAAUCGCCAAAGACCGUGUUCUUCGCAUCUGAACUAAAAUGUCUGACCGACGACUGUGAUGAAAUCACCGCUUUCCCUCCUGGCCAUGUUUACGAUUCCGAGACAGACCAGAUCACUCGUUACUUCACUCCAGAUUGGUUGGACGAAAACCGUAUCCCAAGCAAGCCAGUUGACCUAUUGGAGAUCCGUGCAUCUUUGGAAAAAGCUGUCAGAAAGAGAUUAAUGGCCGAAGUCCCAUACGGUGUGCUUCUAUCUGGUGGUUUGGAUUCCUCUUUGAUUGCCUCUAUCGCCGCUAGAGAGACUGAAAAGGCCAACAAGGAAUUGGACCCAGCUGUUUACGACUCUGAGAGCAAGCACUUGUCUGGUGUGGACGACGCUGGUCAUUUGCACACAGCGGGCUGGUCUCGUCUGCAUUCCUUCGCCAUCGGUCUACCAAACGCUCCUGACUUGCAAGCUGCCCGUAAGGUGGCCAAAUUUAUCGGCACAAUUCACCACGAGCACACUUUCACCCUACAGGAAGGUCUAGACGCGUUGGAAGACGUUAUUUACCACCUAGAGACUUACGAUGUGACCACAAUCAGAGCCUCCACCCCAAUGUUCUUGUUGUCUAGAAAGAUCAAGGCCCAAGGUGUCAAGAUGGUCCUCUCCGGUGAAGGUUCCGACGAAAUCUUCGGUGGAUACUUAUACUUCGCACAAGCACCUUCUGCAGCUGAAUUCCACACCGAGUCUGUGAAGCGUGUCAAGAAUUUGCACUUGGCCGACUGUCUGAGAGCCAACAAAUCCACCAUGGCGUGGGGUCUGGAGGCUCGUGUGCCUUUCUUGGACAAGGAAUUCUUGCAAUUGUGCAUGAACCUCGACCCAGCCGAAAAGAUGAUCAACCAAUCCGAGGGCCGCAUCGAGAAGUACAUAUUGAGAAAGGCCUUCGACACAACUGACGAGCCAGAUGUGAAACCAUACCUACCGGAAGAGAUUCUAUGGAGACAAAAGGAACAGUUCUCUGACGGUGUCGGGUACUCUUGGAUCGACGGUUUGAAGGACGCUGCUGAAGCGGCUAUCUCCGACGAGCAAUUCAAGCAAGCCAAACCUGAGUGGGGUUCCGACAUACCCACCACCAAGGAGGCUUACUGGUACAGACUCAAAUUCGAUGCGCUCUUCCCUCAGAAGACCGCUGCCUCUACUGUUAUGAGAUGGAUUCCAAAGGCCGACUGGGGCUGUGCUGAGGACCCAUCCGGAAGAUACGCCAAGAUCCACGAGCAGCACAUCGACAAGCAGUAA